AUGAAGUUUACGACCUCUUUCGUUGUUGCCUUUGCCUCUUUGGCUGCUUGUGCUCCCAUUGUCGCAAAAAAAGCAACGAUCGUGGAUCCCAUCUCUCUCCAGAAGCGCGAUGAGGCCGACAGCGACGUUGUUUUCGUCACCUGGAACAACGGCGACAAGAAGCUUGCCACUGAGAAGGACGGCGAAGUAGACACUGACGUUGUCUUCGUCACCUGGAACAACGGUGACAAGAAGCUCGCCGCUGAGAAGGACGGCGAAGUAGACACUGACGUUGUUUUUGUUGCUUGGAACAACGGCGGCCACAAAAUGCUAGAAGAGAAUGCAGGCGCCGAGAAGCUUGAAGUGAGCAAGGGCACUAUGGAGAAGCAGAAGCGUGAUGACGCUGAUACUGAUGUUGUCUUUGUUACUUGGAACAAUGGUGAUAAGAAGAUGGUUGCGCAAGUUGAGGAGGAUGGUUCCCAGGAGUAG